AUGGCCGACGGCUACGCAAAAAUUCCCUCUGGCGCCCAAGUCCAGCCGAAACCUUACCACGUCUCAAUUGAAGAUGAAAAGGUUGAAGAGCUCAAACUUCUUGUCAAGCUGGGCAAGAUCGCGCCGCCUACCUACGAGUCUACUCAGAAGGAGCAUAACUACGGUAUAACUCACCAAUGGCUUACCGAUGCCAAAGCUGCUUGGAUGAAAUUCGACUGGCGAAAUGCUGAGAAGCACAUCAACUCAUUUAACCACUGGACCGUACCCAUCAAGGACACAGCAGGCGAUUUCGAUAUUCACUUCACAGGCCUGUUCUCGACCAAACCGGAUGCUGUCCCUGUCGUGCUGCUACAUGGUUGGCCAGGCAGUUUCCUCGAGUUUCUCAAGAUUCUAUCAAUUCUCAAGGAACGAUAUACUCCAGAAACGCUUCCCUUCCAUGUCAUUGUUCCGUCUCUGCCUGGCUAUGCCUUUUCGAGCAAGCCCCCUCUAGAUAAUGACUUCCGUGUUGAGGAUAUUGCCCGCAUUGUUAAUACUCUUAUGGUCCAGCUGGGCUUUGGUAACGGAUAUGUUGCGCAAGGUGGAGAUAUUGGUAGCAGAGUUGCUCGAGUGCUCGCUGUUAGUCACAAGGAGUGCAAAGCUGCCCAUAUCAACUUCUGCAUAAUGCAAGAACCCUCCAACGCAUCAGGUGAAAUCACACCCGCCGAAAAGAAAGGCCUGGCCCGCGCUGAAGAAUUCCAAAGCCGCGGCUCAGCAUACGCCCUCUUCCACGCCACUAAGCCCAGCACAAUCGGCUUCGUUCUCUCAUCCUCCCCCAUCGCUCUUUUAUCCUGGAUCGGCGAGAAGUUUCUCCACUGGACAGACGAAGAUCCCCCCAUGGAAGAAAUCCUUACUUCAGUAUCCCUCUACUGGUUCACUGACUCGUUCCCUACAUCUAUCUACCCAUACCGUCAGCGUUUCGCGCCUGGCACGGGAGGCGCGCACGAUGGACCGGAUUGGAAAAUUACCAAGCCUUUGGGAUAUAGUUGGUUUCCGGAGGAGCUUGCACCGAUUCCUGCGGCUUGGGCUGAGACGACGGGAAAUCUGGUGUUUGCUAGACGGCAUGAGAGUGGUGGGCAUUUUGCGGCGCUGGAGAAACCCGAGGAUUUGUUGAAGGACUUUGAAGAUUUCGUGAAACAGAUUUCUGAUGAUGGGAGCCUAAAGGUUUAA